UCAUUUUGACGAAAAUAAAGCAUCAGGUGCUUCCUGCUGCUGUAAGUGACGGACACCCCCCUCUAGGGUUCGUCUUCAUCUCUUCUUCAGAAGAAAAAAAUCCCCAAAUUAAUGUUCUCCAAUUAGGGUUGUCUCUUCGUUUUUCUUCACCAAUUCACAUCCUUACGCAAAAUCUCUCUCCACAAUGGUAAAAAACGACGACGUUUCCUUCACUUCUUCUGCUCUCAAAAUCGCACCUUUCCUUCACCACCAAACUAAACCCUCUCUCCCUUUCUUCUCUCAACUUCUACAAACCAAACUCACCUUCCUCGACUCGCUCCUAACCCGCACCAGGUUCCCCAACUCACCCCUCCUCUGCUCCGCCUCGUUCUCCCUACCUCGGCCGUCCUCCCCCGGGUCCGACCCUAAAUCCCUGCCGAUCCUCUGCUCCGCGUCCUUGUCACUGAGUCAGUCUCAACUCCGUGAUUCGACUCAGAGUGACUCAGUGGUGGCCCAGCAGAAGAGUGGCGGGGCGGGUGGGGUUCAUGGGCCGAGUCGGUAUGAUGAGGAGAGGGUGCUGAUAAGUGAAGUGUUGGUGAGGAAUAAAGACGGGGAGGAACUAGAGAGGAAGGAUUUGGAAGCUGAGGCUCUAGCUGCGUUAAAAGCUUGCCGUGCUAACUCAGCUCUUACGGUUCGUGAAGUUCAGGAGGAUGUGCAUAGGGUUAUUAGUAGUGGGUACUUUUGCUCCUGUAUGCCUGUUGCUGUUGACACACGUGAUGGCAUUCGACUGGUUUUUCAGGUAGAGCCAAACCAGGAGUUUCUUGGGCUAGUAUGCGAAGGGGCUAGUGUUCUUCCGACAAAGUUUUUACAGGAUGCUUUUCGUGGCGGAUAUGGAAAAGUGGUUAAUAUUAAGCAAUUGGAUGAAGUGAUAAGUUCCAUCAAUAGCUGGUACAUGGAGCGUGGUCUUUUUGGCAUGGUCUCAAAUGCUGAGAUACUCUCUGGGGGUAUUAUAAGGUUACAAAUUGCAGAAGCAGAGGUGAAUGACAUUUCCAUCCGCUUUCUUGACCGAAAAACUGGUGAACCAACCAAAGGGAAGACAAAGCCUGAGACGAUACUUAGGCAACUUACAACCAAAAAGGGACAGGUCUACAGCAUGCUUCAAGGGAAAAGAGAUGUGGAUACUGUGUUAACUAUGGGAAUCAUGGAAGAUGUUAGCUUUAUUCCUCAACCUGCUGAAGAUACUGGCAAAGUUGAUUUGAUAAUGAAUGUUGUUGAACGUCCAAAUGGAGGAUUUUCUGCUGGUGGUGGGAUAUCAAGUGGGACUACAAGUGGCUCUCUACCAGGACUUAUUGGAAGCUUUGCAUAUUCUCAUAGGAAUGUUUUUGGACGAAACCAGAAACUUAAUAUUUCCCUUGAGAGGGGACAAAUUGACUCAAUCUUUCGAAUAAACUACACAGACCCCUGGAUUGAAGGGGACGACAAACGAACUUCUAGAACAAUUAUGGUUCAGAAUUCAAGAACCCCUGGGAAUCUUGUUCAUGGUAACCAACCUGUAAAUAAUAGCCUGACGAUUGGCAGAGUUGCAGCUGGUAUAGAAUUUAGUAGACCACUCAGACCAAAGUGGAGUGGAACAGUUGGACUUAUUUUUCAGCAUGCUGGUGCUCGUAAUGAAAAAGGAGAACCUAUGAUCAAAGACCAUUACAGCAGCCCCCUCACUGCAAGUGGCAAGAAUCAUGAUGAUAUGUUGCUUGCUAAAUUUGAAAGUGUAUAUACAGGUUCUGGUGACCAUGGCUCUUCAAUGUUUGUGUUUAACAUGGAACAAGGACUACCUCUUUGGCCCGAGUGGCUGUUUUUCAACAGAGUUAAUACUCGUGCUAGAAAGGGCGUGGAAAUUGGUCCUGCUCUUUGUCUUUUGAGUUUGUCUGGUGGUCAUGUGAUGGGUAAUUUCUCUCCUCAUGAAGCAUUUGCCAUUGGGGGAACAAACAGUGUGAGAGGAUAUGAAGAAGGGGCUGUGGGCUCUGGUCGAUCUUAUGCAGUUGGCUCGGGUGAAAUUUCUUUCCCUGUGUUGGGACCAGUGGAAGGAGUUUUUUUUGCUGACUAUGGAACAGACCUUGGAUCUGGACCCACAGUGCCUGGUGAUCCUGCUGGAGCAAGGCUGAAGCCUGGAAGUGGAUAUGGGUAUGGCUUCGGCAUCCGUGUGGACUCACCAUUGGGCCCUCUUCGGCUUGAAUAUGCAUUUAAUGACAGGCACACAAAGAGAUUCCAUUUUGGAGUAGGUCACCGAAAUUAAGGGCUGCUUGCUUCCUAGCACGUUUUUUUGAAUCAACUCUAUUGCUUUGUUGUAGAGGCUCAUUAUUUCUGUUUCUAUGUCUAUGCAUCUCUAAUUCUAUCA